CGGUAAACAAACUUCAUUCCAACCGGAACACAACCUCGAAGAAGAACUUUUGUGUUAGCAAUUAUUAUUAGCAUUGUGUCUGUGUCGCUUGGCAACGCCUUAAAAUUACAAUUUAGACACCAAUUUAAGGACAAAAUGGCUGAUGUGGAGGAAACUCUGAAGAGGAUUCAGAGCCAGAAAGGCGUUCAGGGAGUCAUCAUUGUGAACUCUGAAGGAAUCCCAAUUAAGACGACUCUGGACAACACGAGCACAGUUCAGUAUGCCGGCCUCAUCCAGCAGCUGGUGCUGAUGGCCAGGAGCACGGUGCGAGAGCUCGACCCCCAGAACGACCUGACCUUCCUUCGGGUCCGCUCCAAAAAGAACGAGAUCAUGAUUGCUCCAGAUAAGGACUACUUCCUGAUCGUCAUCCAGAACCCGUCGGCCUGAAACCCCGUCAGCUCUUUCCUCCCCCCAUGUGUCCCAGUCAGACUUCUAAGUUAACUCUUUUUCAUUUUGCACAAGAACUGAAGGACGAUUCAACGACAGAAAGUAAAACUGAUAAGAGCAGCAGAUUUCUACAGAUUUUUUUUUGUUUUUUUGCAUUAGCAUCUGCCUUCUCUUUGUGUCUCAGACCUGCAGUGUUUACUUUAGGCUUCACGUCGUCUUUUAUUCUCACAAAAAUGUUCUAAAUAUUGUCUGUAAAAAGACAAAAACGUGAAUAAAAUGUUUCAACGUUCAAAAUAU